CUCGAGCAGCAGCGCCUCUAUGCCUGGAGCGAGACAUCCGGUCUGCUCGACGUCAACACGGAGAACCAGGACCGCAUCCUCAACUCAAACGUCUUCAACCUCCACCGGCAGACGGUGCUCGACCUGCUGGUCCAGGUCCAAUGUCUGUUUGACGAGUUCCUCGAGUACCAGGGCAAGCACAGCAAUCUCACUCCCGUUCGCGACAAUGGCGAUUUCCUCGUCUCGCCCGAGCAGGACGCCAAGCAGGCCAGCUUUCCCAUGUCAGAGAGGAAGAGGCUGUUUAUCAAAAAGGCCAUGAUGAGCCUCAGGCAAAAGUCGCAAGAGGGCCUCAAGAGGCUCAAGUGGGUUUCCUUUGACAAGGAAGGAUUCGAGCAUCUGCUCUCCAAGUUCACCGUCCUAAACGACAGCAUGAUGAACAUCAUGGACCACUCGCUGCAGGUGGAGAUCCGGCACACGGUGCAGGAUACGAAUCGCGGCGUGUUGCUGCUUCACCACAAGAUCGCUGACUUGAGCCACCUCGUGCUGGCCCUCAAGGCCCAGCUGGAAGUUCGGGAUGUCGGUGCGCCGACGCGCAUGAGAAUGUCACAGGCCGAGAGGGAAGCGAGCGUGGCCGAGCUGAAGCAGCUUUCCAGACUGGCCAAGUUCAAGGCCUUCAACGAGACCAUCGAUCCCAAGUCAGAUGCUCCCGCCGUGAUUGAUGACGCCGUGGCGGCCUUUCUCGAGCUUGCCCAGCCGGGAGACACUCGCCAUGUCCAGAUUCCCAAGUAUCUUAUAGAAUUGAACCCCAACGUGGAUGACUCGGAUGACCCGCGGUGCGAGGCUGUGCUGAAGACUGCCGAGGGAAAGAAAAAGGUCUGGAUCGAGUGGAAAGACUACGACACUGCGGGAACCCCCGGCUGCCUGUCCAAACAGGACAUUGUCGACAGAGUGCGCAAGCUGGCGUGUCUGCUCAACCACAAGCCCAAGCCGGAGGCCUUCCGAACGCCUCACUGCAUCGGCUUCUUUGACAAGGCGGAUCCAGACGUUCCCGAAGACGACGUCGACAUCCUCGACCGACGGCUGGGCCUGAUAUUCGAGCGCCCAGAAGGCGACGACGUGCACGACAGCCUCCCUCCCGUGUCGCUGCGAGAGCUGCUCCUCGACAAGUCCGUCCGCAAGCCCAGGGUGACGGACCGGGUCAAGCUCGCGCACGCCCUGAGCAACUGCCUGCUGCAUCUCCACGCCGUCAACUGGCUGCACAAGGGGCUCCGCAGCCACAACGUCCUCUUCUUCCGAUCAAAGGCCGGCCACGUGGACUACGCCCAGGUCUACCUCUCCGGCUUUGACUUUUCCCGCCCUGUGGGCUCCGACGAAGUCACGGAAAUUCCCGGCUAUGAUGCCGAACUGGACCUCUACCGGCAUCCUAGAGCGCAGUCCAACCAAGGUAAGACGCGGGAACGAUCAAAGAAGAGCUUCGAUAUAUAUAGCUUGGGCGUCAUCCUGGUGGAGCUGGCGCACUGGAAGCCCGUGGAGGCGGUGCUUGGGAUCGAGAUGAGGCUGGCCAAGGGGCAGUCGGACGUGGUUCGGCACGUGAGGCGGGAUCUGCUCGAGGAGGAAAGGAUGGCAGAUGUGGGCGGGGAGAUGGGGAUGAGGUUUGAGGGGGCGGCGAGGAGGUGCUUGAUGGGGGAGGGGGAGCUGGGGCUGGGGGCUGAGGAUGAUGAUGAGACGGGGGAUGAGGUUGCGGAGAGGUUGUCGGAGCGGUAUUAUGAGGAUGUGGUGAAGGAGCUGGCGGCGAUUGUGGUGUAG